GAGCUACCCCUGAUCUCAUGAAACUUUUGUCUCUUGAGUCCUAUCGAAAACCCCACCCGUAAAUGUUUAGCGUUGAAAUUUUCAAGCGUGACGUUCGCCACCCAACUUCACGCCACCACCUAACGCUUCUUUCCGUAUAUAUCGUCCCCAUGGUACUCUAUACCACUGAUAGCUUUUCUUUUACACUUCCUGUACUUGCACCUAUCCGCCAAACGCUGUGAGGGUCUCUGGCAUCGACAUGGGCCUUCUGGAUCUUCCAUAUGAGAUUCUUGAUCUUGUCAUAGAUCUAACUUUGCCAAGCGGUCUCGAGGGCUUUGUACUCUCAUGCAAGACAGUGUACCGACGGUCGAAAUCCCAGAUCGAGCGACACAACGCGUUGAAGAAGCAAUGGAGCUACACAACAAACGCCAACCCAACACGGCGCGCAGAUACCUUGAGCAUCAUAUACAAGAUAUCACAGGAACCCAUCAUCGCCCAGUACAUCGAGUCCUUGAACUUGUGGGAUCGACGCUCAUUGGUAGACGUUCGUAUGAGUUCCGAUACAUAUCAAUUUCGGGACGACGAAGCUGCUAUAAAAGAUAUCAAAAGUCUCUUGUAUUCUGCCGAAUACUUUACCAAAGCGGACCCGGAAGAAUGGUGGCAAAGCAUUGUCAACGAGGACAGCACAGACGACAGCGAGGAUGCGGACAAGCUGUAUGCGACUAUCGCUCUACUCUCACUUCUGCCAAACCUCAAGACACUACAACUACCGGACAGAUGGCAUGAAGUCAGAAACACGGAGGCCGCCGAAGCCUUGGUGCCCUCUAUUGAGUCACUAGUAUCAACGUCAAAUAGUGUUGGAAUUCGAUCAAAACCAUUAGCGUCACUCGAGACUAUCUUUCCGUUCGUCGAGGAAGGCUACGACGUCAGAGUCGGCCUUCAAUGUCUUCAGCCUUUCAUGGUGCUUAAAAGCAUUCGAAACCUCUAUGCUGUGAGCUGCGUAGCUGUCAACGAUGACUGGGGAGGCAUACCGUUCGAAUGGCCAAGCCUCAGUCCCAAGUCGCCGCUAACGAGAUUGGAACUUGCGUGCUGCUGUAUGGACGCCACCGCUCUCGCGACACUACUAGCGAACACGCCAGCUCUCACGACCUUCAGGUACUCCCAUCAGACAAAAUGGGACGGCCUCGAAUACGACUGGAAUGCAGGAGAAUUCAUGGAAACAUUAGCCAACUACUGCGGCGAGCAACUCCUCGACCUCGCUAUCACUAUCGAUGAGCUACACGGCGACGUCGUCAACGGUCUUUCUUCCUUUAUGCGCUUUCCAAAGCUCCAAAAGCUCGAAGUAGACGUCCAAGCCUUCUGCGGACCACCUCUAGAGAGCGGCCAGCGACUAGGUCGCAAUGCCAGCAUUCCCGAAGGCGCAAGAGCUUGGGAGUACAUUGAUAUACCGUGCAUGGGCGACAUGCUGCCCAAAAGCAUCUGCGAGUUGCACGUCAACACUGAUUACCCCCAUCCCUCGGAACAGGCGCUAAAGGCGCUUUUCAAGAAUAUCAAAGACCGCCGAUUUGACAAACUUCUCUUGCUACAAACUGUGGUCAUUCGACAAUAUAGAUCCAGUACAGCAAAAGAUACGGCUGAAAAUCUCGGUAUCACUUUGGAGCCCUUUGAUGAAAGUGCUGCGCAGCCGAAACCAAGAUCGAUGAUGCCACAGUGGAAGAGGGAGUUCGAUCGUUUAGUUGGUGGCAUAGUGAUGACGGAGACAUAGUGAGGGACUGUAUUAUUUUAAUUCCAGCGCUGCAAAUCUGCAAAGCUGGUCGGUCCAUGGGCGAGUGACAUGGCUGGAUAACCUUGCUCUCGAAAUCAAUAGUACGUCUAGCGUCUGGAACGCAUAAUUCAUAGCCUAGCCCUUAUUAUUUUCUUGUUCAUUAUACCAAGCUCUCCGGCUUCAUUCGUCUCUUUGUAACUCAUCUCUACAGUUUCGAUAGUUUCUCACCAUCUAACGUCCU